GAAAAGAGCGGAGGUGAUGCUCUACUACCCAUCUGAAUGUUCCAGAAAGGAUGAACUCGCUGAUGGCAGACCAUGAGUGGUGUCUAGAUGGAUAAACUAGUGCAUAUCCGUGAAAAACGUUCAGCUGCCUUUAAGAAUCAUAGUGAAUAUAGUAAAAUCUGGUUUUAUUAAGAAUGUAAAUAGCUGAAUAGUAUUUUUUCGGGACGUUUUGCUGUCGGGGUUUCUUAACUACGUUAGAGGUGCAUGUUCGUUCUACAUAGCACAUUUCUAUCGGGACGUUUGAAACGUUGUGUCACGCUGAACACAGAGAGGAAGAGGCGAAGUAAGCCGGUAAACUUUCUCACGACAUUGCCCGGAAUAAGGACAAUAGUUUUAUAUGGUUACGCUGUCAUACCGAUGUUGUGUGUCAGUAAAAGGACUUUCACUGUUUACGGGGGAGGCACGACGUUCUCGUUUGCAAAUUUUCGAUAUUCAACACAAGUCUGACUGGGUCCGCUGUUUCCUUUUACCGCCCACCUUUUCCUGCUCCAUCAAAGAAAGGGUUGGGUCGAUCAGGGAGGGACUUUGACGAGAGAACACGACGAAUCAACUGGACAUUUUUAACGGUUCCUCUUCAAAGUUCAUGCUAACUUCUCAGCUGUCCGUUUUGUUUCAGGACACUGAGCAAGCUGCUAUUGGCUGAACAGAAGAGGGCAUCCGUUGGCCCACUCUGAGGAGGACCGGAAAUAAACCCACAACAACCAAGGACUGAGACCAGUGGGACAGAAUGCUUCAGGAAAUUGGUGCUAGAGCCUCUGAGGUCUCUGAAUUCCUCAUGAAAGGAACAGACCCACGUUUGAAGGGCUACCCACUGAUGGGAAGCCCGGGGAACAUGUCGGCCAUCUUGGUGACCUACAUCUUCUUCGUGCUGGUUGCUGGGCCUCGCUUUAUGGCCAACCGCAAGCCCUUCCAGCUCAAGGAGGUCAUGAUCAUCUACAACUUCACCAUGGUUGCCAUGUCCAUCUUCAUCGUCUAUGAGUUCUUGAUGUCUGGCUGGGCCACCACCUACACAUGGAAAUGUGACCCUGUUGAUUACUCCGAAAGCCCCCAGGGCCUCAGAAUGGUUCGUGUAGCUUGGUUGUUCCUGUUCUCCAAAUUCAUUGAGCUUUUGGACACGGUGUUCUUCGUCCUGAGGAAGAAGCCUGGCCAGAUCACCUUCCUGCAUGUCUUCCACCACUCCUUCAUGCCCUGGACCUGGUGGUGGGGCAUCAGCUUCGCUCCAGGGGGAAUGGGCUCUUUCCAUGCCAUGGUGAAUUCCGUUGUCCACAUCAUCAUGUACUUCUAUUAUGGCCUUUCUGCGGCUGGACCACGAUUUCAGAAAUUCCUCUGGUGGAAGAAGUACAUGACUGCCAUCCAGCUGGUGCAGUUUGUGUUGGUAUCGCUUCACGUCACCCAGUAUUAUUUCAUGGAGAGCUGUGACUACCAGGUUCCCCUGUUCAUCCACCUCAUCUGGAUGUAUGGCACGUUCUUCUUUGUGCUCUUCUCCAACUUCUGGUACCAGGCUUAUAUUAAGGGCAAGCGGUUGCCGAAGCAGGAGGCCAAGCCAAGCCUCAAUGGGCGGGCUAACGGCACCCCUGUAUCCAAACAAGGUGACCGUAUCGUCAAUGGGGUCAGCAACGGAUCCGUUCAUCAUGAAAAUGGCCAUGUGGGCAAGAUGAAGAAGUACUAGGGUCUUUGGGAAAGAACAUCCAGGACGUAUGAGUACGAGAUCCAGCGCCACCUACCAUGGAUUCCAAAGAAUGUUUUGGCAAUGUUUCUUUUUCCAAUCCUUUUGUUUUAUUCCCUACAGCAACAUUGGGGAAUGAAGCGGUCAGUGAUUUCACAUUCAAUUAUAGUUUUUUUUUGUUUUGAACUGGGAAACUAACUAUGGAACACAAUGUAUGAAGAGAAGACAUGUUAUGACCUAAUGUUACCUUCACUGAUGUUACCAACGAUAACCCCCCAGUCCCUGUUGCUGCCGAUGGCGUUGCCCUGACCCCCGUGGACAGAUGACCCUGUACAGAUUCUAUCAGCAAACUUGAACACAGCUUUGUAAAUAGUUUUACUGUCUACAUCAACUAACGAUAUUGGUAUAAUUUUUGUUACUGUUAUUUUUAAUAAGUACCAAUAAAUUUAACUUAAAUAGUUGGUUUCACAUUUGAAAACAAUCAACAACUUUGAGUAUCUUAUGAAUUCCUCCAAACUGUUAAGAGUCCAGAACAGACCUCUACUUGUGUAGGAAACAUGAAGUCAUUAUGGCUGGCAGAGCAGUAACGAUUGGUUAUCAAUGGCCUGAUGUCUUCACCAUCUCACUCCGAUUGUCUUAAAGGUUGAAUGGGGCAUUUUUCUCCCAUAAAUAUUGUAAAAGCAGUUUUAAGUUAUCAAAGCAGUUGGCAAAAACGGUAUGUCAGGUCUAAUAAAGAUGGACAAUUAGUCCGUGUCAGUUUUAAUUUAGUUAGCUGGAUGUUGCAUAUUUGAUUUAUUACUUUAACAAAUUGAAUCUCAUGGGUUCCCUGGACAUACUUCUCACACUCACAUCCUGAUCUCAUUGCCACACAACUAUUAAAUAUUCAGAGUUUCUCUUAUCUAAACUGUUAGCUAAUGUAUUCCUGGCAGAGCCUCUUUGAGUCAGUGGCGUGUUUAAGUGGGUAUUCAUGUUUUCAGAAGUUACACAGCUGCCUUCCAGUGGUCUCAUUUCAACUAUGCUGCACACGUAGGAUAUUAACAA